CAAAUGGAGACAAGGAAAAGUUUCUAAUUGGAGACAAAUACUGUAAAUGAAACCGCGACAAAAGGCGUCAAAAACCUUGUUGAGUUGCUCUUGAGUGCAGGAUUUGUUCUUAUUCUUGGUCUUUUCUCCUUUCCCACCUAAAACAAUAAGAAAAUCUCUCCAAAAAUAUCAUAUUUCCGGGGUUUCCUAUUGAAGCAUUUGCAGACAUUUCAGAAAAACCUUUUUGUUCACGAAAUAGGUAAUUAUUUCAUUUGAAAACUUCACGUACCGUUAACAAUAAAGAUUAGCACUUAAUUUAACCAAAAUUAUCCAGAAAUAUGACAUAAAUGUUAAACAAAAUGAAUAAACAACAGUCACUUUAUUGUGUUUUUCAUUGGAUGAAAAAUUCGAUAGUGAAAAAGUACACUCUUAAUUUUUCUGAGUAAUUAACAAAUUAAAAUUUGUGAAUAUGAAUGGAUUUUCACUUUAUUUGGAGCAAAAUUAACUAAAUAAUGAAACUGUGGUAUAGAAAAUAUAUAAAUAUAAUAAUUUAGUACUGUAUUUAUUUAUGAUGAAAACAAUUACGUUUCCAUUUGGAGUAGCGAAAAAUUUCCAUUUGGAGCAGUUGUUGAAUUAGCUUAAUUUGUUUUUUCUUUUGAAAAAAUCAUAUUUUCCUCAAUUUUUGCAAUUAAAUAUUGCCAUUUUUCCUGAAACAGCUAUCGAUUUAUUAUGCUCACAUUCGGUCACAACUAUUGUAAUUGAUCGCGAAACUGAAUUUUUCUACAUAUUUAAGUUUUUUAUGGUAAAUAAAGUUGCAGAAGCAUUAAAAAAUCGUUUUAAAAGAUGUGGCUCCCCUACUUAGUAAGUUCAAUGAUGGUUUUAAAAAUACUACAAAAAAUUCUAUUAGAAACAUUUUUAUUAGACCAAUGCUGUAUUGGUCUAAUAAAACAUUUUUGGAUUAUAAAUUUUCUGAAGCGCAUUUUUGCGCAAAAAUUACUCUUAUUAUCGCGUAAUAAUAGCAAAUUAACAAAUUAUUGUUUUUCUUAAUACUGCACAUUUUUUUUUUUAAAUCAAAAAUUUAUUCGAUUUGAUGAUUUAUUUUUUAAAUUAAAAUGAUUCGUGUUAAUAUUUUUUACAAGAGAGAUUUUAAAUAUCUUUAAAGUCAGUAAAAUGUGCCAAUUAGUUGGAAAUCAUUUUGCGUCGACUGUAUCAUUAAAUGAAAAUGAUAUAGGCUCUAAUUUCAUAUGUUCUUAGUCUUUUAGUAUUUAAAUGAGUUUCCGAAGUUUUUUCAAUAUUUCUCGAUUUUAGAAUUGAUGAAAUGUUAACUCUUUCCGGACCGCAGCAUAUGCUGCAAGCCAAUUUCACAAUUUUUAAUCAAAAAUAUCUAAUCUCAGGAAUUAAUUGAGGUCCUACAAAAAAUAUCUUACAUUUGGAUAUCCUUAUAGUUUGUAAUCAUCCACAAGAAUCGGAUUUUUAUCAGUUCUCAAUAAUUAAAAAACAUUAUUUUUCACAGAACAUUCAUAUGCUUCAUUGGGUACUACAGUCUCAAAAGAGACGAAAGAGUUAAAAGAGCCGAAUUUGCGAGAGUCUACUGGAUAUGUGACGAUACAUCAGUAACACAAUAACAUGUGGGCUCUAAAGCAAAUUUAAUAAAAAUAAAAACGUCGUAAUAUUAGUGAUUUUUCUGAUGACACCCAAAUAGAUCACAGAUUAUUGGAGGAUUAAUAAUUAUGAAGGCUUCUUGGGCCAAAGUUUUAAGAGUCAUUUUAUUAUGUUAUUAUUAUUUUAUUAAUCUAAAAACAUUCAGUCUUGUCUAGAAGAUCUCCCACUCUCCCACCCCAAUUGAUGAAAUCCACGUGCUGUUUUCGAAAAGCAUGCUUUGAAAUGUCAAAUUUUUGUUUAUACCCAGCUGGUCAAGUCAAUGUUUACAAAAAUAAUCACUUCGUACCGGUACUGGUACUAUUUCUGAAUGGAAUUUCACCCGACUUGCCUGACUAUAUUUUCGAACCACACACAAAAACUAACGGUGUGAAAUGUCAUCUUCCCGCGGAGGUUUUCUUUUGACAGAUAAACAAAGUAAUAAAUUUUAAAAUUAUGGACAAAAAGGACGCAAUAUGGAAUUGGAGGCACUACAAAUCUGUGAAAAGAUCAACGGCUGCUCAAAUGGCAGCUCUUGUGGAGUUUAUGGAAGUGCAUCAUCAACCCGUAGAGUCUGGCAGUAUUCUUAAACAAGACAAUUGGAAGGAAUUAGCAAAUCAACUGAAUAUGUUGGGACCACCGAGAAAGUCCGCAAAGGAAUGGAGGAAGGUUUGGAAUGAUUUUACCAGCGAAAUAAGAAAGAAAGUGCGUACAAUAGAAGCACUGAGGAAGGGUUCACUUACCAUUGAAGCCCAGAUCAAUAAAAAGAGAUAUCCAUCAUUGACUCUCCUCCAGCAUCGAGCUUUGAGAUUCCUUCAAAGCAGAAUAGGACCACAAGGAGGGUCAUACACAACAAAUCCAGAAACAUCCAAAGUUCUCAAUGCAGAGAAGGAUGAACUGGAGGAGAAGAAGGAAGAAAUGGAAGAUGAGGCUUCAAAUCAAGAUCCACUGAUACUGGAGAAAGUGGAAGAAAUUGAAAUUUUGGAUAUGAAUGCUGACUUGGAAAAUGAUGACUAUGAUACUGAUCAUAUGGAUCACAUGGAUCCGAUGGAUCCCAUGGAACAAGAAUCUGAGUCUGCUCCUGCUGAGACACAAAAUGCAGAAGUGAAAAGUCCUAUAAGAGACCUCUGCCAGCAGACUCUACUGGCUAUUGAAGAAUCCAACAGACUUUACCGGCAUACUUUCCGGGAAAUCAAGCAUACAAUUGACUUUGCCCUGAAAGAAUUGAUAACGACGCAAAAUGAGAGAUUGGCCAUUGAAAGGGAAAAUUUGAAAGUCAAGCAGGAGAAAGUCAAUUUGAUGAGGGAAAAACUGGAGAUACUGAAAAAAAGCAAAAUGUAAAAUUGAGUUAAGUAAAAUAUUUCCAAAAAACAAAAA